CCGGACCCCAACCAAGCCUCAUAUUCUGAUUGGGCAGAGUAUGUCUUUGGAGGAUAAGCUUGGCAACAAGGGCUUAUCAUUCACUCCGAUGGGGAUAGAGGAUAAUAACAUGAGGAACGGCAGAGGCCUGUCGGACCAAUGGGCUGAUAGCAUGGUGGUUCGGCCCCGGACAACGGAGCGAAGCAUCACCGUCCACAAGAAACUGGUCCUGGGGUUCGCCAUCUCCAUCCUCACCCUCAUCGUCGUCACGGCCAUCGCGGUUCUCCUCAGCGUCCGGUUCGAGGAGUGCGCUGGGGAGAGCAGCUCACGAGGGGGCAAUGGCUCUAACGCCAAGUUCAACGGGUCACGGGAUGGGAACGGGAACCACAAAGAUGAAGAAGCCCAGCCGUGGAGACACCUCCGGUUACCGACAUCUCUCCGGCCCCGGCACUACGACCUGCGUCUCUCAGUAUACAUGGAUAACUUCACCUUCUCCGGGGAAGUGAACAUUGAAUUCGAGUGUGUGAACUCGACCAAAUUCAUUGUGCUUCACACCGACCGCCUCGAGGUGGAGAAAGUGGCGGUUUACUCGGAUAAUAAAAAACCCGGUGUCAUGAGAAUCCACCGCCAAUUCCAUUACCCGGGAAACCAGGUUUAUGUGAUCGCUUUGCACAGGGAACUGAAGCCCAUGAGGACGUAUAAAGUAAACAUUACUUUCGACGCUCAAAUAGAAAGUGAACUCCUGGGAUUUUUCCGCAGCUCAUAUAUGCUGCAGGGAGAGAGAAGGUACAUGGCGGUGACACAGUUCUCCCCCACCCACGCCAGAAAGGCCUUUCCAUGUUUUGAUGAGCCCAUCUACAAGGCCACGUUCCGGGUCAGCCUGGGACACGAUGCAUCCUACCUCUCUCUCUCAACAUGCCUGUAGAGGCCUCCAUCUCUGAUGAUGAUGGCUGGGUGACCAACCACUUCUCCAGGACUCCUCGUAUGUCCACCUACUACCUGGCCUGGGCCGUCUGUAACUUUACCUACAGAGAGGUGACCACUGACAGUGGAGUGGUGAUCCGGCUGUAUGCCAGGCCCAACGCCAUCCAGAGCGGAGCGG